GCUUGCUGGUGACGUCAUCAAAGGGCGCACCUUAAACUUGUUAGCUGCUUCCGCUUAGCUUAGGAGGAGCAUCAGCUGUCGGUCGUCUAACACCAAAAACAAAUAUGUCUGACUUCACAGAAGACCAGAUUAUGGAGUUCAAAGAGGCCUUUCUGUUGUUUGACCGGACGGGUGAUGGAAAAAUCUCCUACAGUCAGUGUGGUGACGUGAUGCGAGCCCUUGGGCAGAACCCAAUCAAUGCUGAAGUCCUCAAAGUUCUUGGAAACCCCAAGCUAGAAGAGAUGAAUCAUAAGAUGCUGGAUUUUGAGCAGUUCCUGCCAAUGUUUCAGGCCAUCGCGAAGAACAAGGAUCAGGGCUCGUUUGACGAUAUUGUUGAAGGUCUGCGUGUCUUUGACAAGGAGGGAAAUGGGACAGUGAUGGGGGCCGAGCUGCGUCAUGUCCUCACCACAUUAGGUGAAAAAAUGACAGAAGACGAGGUGGAGACGCUUUUAGCAGGACAUGAAGAUGCCAACGGCUGCAUCAAUUAUGAAGAACUCGUCCGGAUGGUGAUGAACGGUUGAGGAUUUAAGACGCAUUUCAAAAAAAUUCUUGGAAAAUUUUUGUAAUGUUGGUCUCGUCUUGCCCUUCCAUUCAUAUCAUCCUACCUCCGCAGUGUCUAUUGUUGAUGUAGAACUUUUUUUUUUUCUUAGAUGCCUUUUCUGUUCAGACUUUUCAUCUCGUAUUCUAAAUAUUAUUCAUGUUUGCAGGCACAAUCAUUGAGCCCCCGAUGGUUUUCUCUUUGUUUGUCAACCUCAGUCUGGUUGUCUUUUGUUUUGGAUGGACAUGAUAAUGUGAUAUGUUACAAUAAAAAUGAAUAAAGAAAAGAU